ACCUGCAUGCGAUAAAGAGAAGUGCGAGCUCUUACAUAAAUAACGCUGAUGUGUCCAUCCACGAAGCCGCGUUCUCAGAGAAUACCUCUCGUGGUUGCUUUCUAAAAAUGGUUGUCCUGAAAUCACUCCUAGUGCCAGGGCCAGUGUAAGCCAAGACAUUCUCGAGGCAGCGAGACGCAUUGCUGUAUCGAACUAGAAGUAACAAUGUUCAGCGUUGACAGUGCCCUGCUUAUCGCAUUCAUCAUCUGCGCUUCCUUCAGUGCUGUUCGCUGGUUGAUAAGACAACGCAGGAAAUGCUUUGAUGCAUUUGAAGGCACCGGAGUACCGACUGUGCCACUGCGGAGCAUCAUCAAUGGCAAUUCUGACGAGUACUGGAAGCCCACAGUCCUCGAACGCCUGGACAGAUGGCUUGAAGAAUACGGAGACGUUUUUGGGUUCUUCAUUGGAGACACGCCAAUGGUCGUGGUGAAAGAUGUCGACAUGAUACAUGAUAUAUUCAUCAAGAACUCAAGCAACUUUCAAAGUCGCGGUCGCACAAUGCAUAUCUACGAAAUGGACCCCUUGUUCAAGAAGUACAUCAUCCUGUCAAAAGGUGCUGUGUGGAGAGAAUCAAGAACUUGCAUGUCACACUUCUUCACGGCGUCGAAGCUCAAAGCGGUGAUGCCCUCUCUGCUGCACGCACAGCAGCAGUUCAUCGAUGUUCUCGGCGAGCACGCCGACAGUGGAAUUGAGGCGGACAUCAACAGCCUGUGCGAACGCUUCACCUUCGAUGUGAUUGGCAAGUCGGCGUUCGGCAUCGACACAAACGUACAACGGAAUCCCGAGAUGCCAAUGUUUAGAGCAGCCCUGGAUGUCCUACCAAAUCUAAAUUCUGGAUUAGUCUACAAUUUAGGUCAGAAUCUUUACCAUUGGCCUUGGCUUUUGAAAAUACCGGCGAAGUUAAUUGCGGUUUUGUACACGAACCCUGUUUCCGACCUUACUAAGAGAGCCUCAGACGUCAUUCAAUUCCGGCGAAAGAAUCCACAGGUACAUCUGCCGGACAUGGCUCAGAUACUUAUCGACGGCCUAGCCAAUCCAGAAAGCUCCACCGAGAAAAAUAAUAAGGACCAGGUAGACAACACAGCCCCACUGCCUUCGGAGACGCUCAACCAAAUGUCUGCAAAUUGCAUGACAGUCUUUCUCGGAGGGUACGACACCACAAGACUGGCAUUCACGUACUGGUUUUAUCUUAUGGGAAAGCAUCAAGAUGUGCAAGAGAAAAUGCGAGAAGAGGUGAUUCGUGCUUUCGAAAAGGAGGGAGAUGUUUUAUCUUACCAAACACUCUUGACACUCCCAUACACAAACCAAGUCAUUUCUGAGACACUGAGGAUAUAUCCACCAAUAAUCUCGUUUACGUCACGGUGCCCUGACAAAGAUUAUUGCUACGGGAAAUACCUGAUUAAGAAGGGAACAUCUGUCAUGGUGCCCACAUACCAAUUGCAUCACGAUCCCAAAUAUUGGGACCAUCCUGAGAAGUUUGUACCCGAAAGGUUCAGUCCCGAGAACAAAGGUCGCAUCAACCCGACAGUUUAUCAGCCCUUCGGUCUGGGACCCCGCAUAUGCAUCGGCCAGCGUCUGGCGCAAGUAGAACUUGCUUCAGCUACUACAGAAGUCCUUCGUCAUUACCGCAUCAUGCUGGGCACCUCUCAGAAGAAAGACCUCGAGCUGGACACGUACUCUCACUUGGCCGUGCCUAAGGAAGCUGUUAAAAUUCGACUACACAGGCUCAGCCGCGAGAAAUGAAUC